AGCGCCCUCAACCUUCGGCUGGGAAGGAAGUGACGCGCCGACGUACUGACGCGCGGGGUUCGUGCCGAGGCCCCGAUUCCGCGCCCGCCAUGGCCGACAAGAUGGACAUGUCCCUGGACGACAUCAUUAAACUCAACCGGAGCCAGCGGGGCGGACGCGGCGGGGGCCGGGGCCGAGGCCGGGCCGGGGCCCAGGGCGGCCGCGGCGGCGGGGGCGCGCAGGCGGCAGCCCGCGUGAGCCGGGGCGGGGGGCCCAUCCGGAAUAGGCCGGCCAUGGCCCGCGGAGGCGCCGGGGGCGGCGGCAGGAACCGACCCGCGCCCUACAGCCGACCAAAACAGCUUCCAGAUAAGUGGCAACACGACCUGUUCGACAGCGGCUUUGGAGGCGGGGCUGGCGUCGAGACCGGUGGCAAAUUGCUGGUCUCCAAUCUGGAUUUUGGGGUCUCAGAUGCGGAUAUUCAGGAACUAUUUGCUGAAUUUGGAACUCUGAAAAAGGCAGCUGUACAUUACGAUCGGUCUGGCCGGAGCUUAGGAACAGCAGAUGUUCACUUUGAGCGAAAAGCAGAUGCUCUGAAGGCCAUGAAACAGUAUAAUGGUGUCCCUUUGGAUGGUCGCCCUAUGAAUAUUCAGCUUGUUACAUCACAGAUUGAUACACAACGAAGACCUGCACAGAGUGUAAAUAGAGGUGGAAUGACUAGAAACCGUGGCUCUGGGGGUUUUGGUGGUGGAGGCAGCACCCGGAGAGGCACUCGUGGAGCAAUAGAGGACGAGGCAGAGGGACUGGAAGAAAUUCGAAACAACAGCUUUCCGCAGAAGAACUAGAUGCACAAUUGGAUGCUUAUAAUGCCAGGAUGGAUACCAGUUAAAGUAGCCAACAUAUUCCCUGCAUGGAACAGGACCCAGGAAUCUCAUUCUUUACCCUUUCGAUGGAGGGCGGAGUAGAGGACUGUGGCUCUGCUGUCAAUGAUGGAUUUGUUUCUUUUAUGUUUCGAAAUAGGAUUUAAAACUCAUGUAAAGGUUUUUUUUUUAAUUCUGAAACAGACCUGUUUUGUACCAAGUUAUUUUUGGGAUAAAUUUUACUGGUUGCUGUUGUGGAGAAGGUGGCGUUUUCACCUUUGCCAUAAUAAAAUGGAAAUGUGUGUAGAAGUGGAACUGUUUGCUUCAUCCCACUGCUAGUGGGCUGUGUACGUGGCACAGAACUUUCAUGUCCGAGUUGGUAUGUUGCUGAGUAGACUGGAUGAAUAGCUCCCAUUGGGAUUGCUAUUUGGUCUUACCAUACCAUGCCAUUCAAAAAAAUGAAUCGUAUUUUGAGAACCCUAUUCCUGGCCCGCCUGUGUACAGUAGGGUCUCAUGUUUUUAGAGGUAAAGUUCAAAAGGAUAGAUUGGUUAUGAAAAAUGAUUAUAAAUUUAUUCAUCAUGAGACAGUGUUAAACUUUUAUGUAGAUGAAAGAGGUUACUCAUCAACAUUUGGAACUAUGAAAGGUUUCUGAAAUUUGAUUUUUCACUUUUUGAAAAAAUUUUGCAACAAUACUGGUUUUCCUUGUGGUCUCUUUAUGCUUUUUGGGACAAGGAAUUAGGGGAUAGUUAACUAAUUUCUUGGGCACAGAGCAUAAUACCUCCAUAUCUGGAAAGCUGGUAGUCUACAGUAGGCAGGAUGACAAGCUAACAUUUGUUUAUUCUCCUUUGAACAGGAUCAUUUCUGAUCCCAAGCCAAAACUGCCUAGUUUGUUAACAAUGCUGUACCAGUGUGCCCUGUAUUUCUAUUGAAAAAUUAGUAGCCCAUUUCUCAGAUUACCUGCCUCUUCCCUUUCCUAAUAUUUUUAAAGUAAACUCAAAAUGCUCCCUGGCACCCCUGUUCAGAGGGAGUGUUUUUUUUUGUGUACUAGUAAUAUAACUGAAUCUUAAAUUGCUUCACCCUUGUGCUUUGUGGUUCACUGGAAUAUUCAAAAGAGAAAAAAAUAUUUCUUGCUUACUCAGGAAUUAUUUAUAAAAUGCAUGGAAUUUAUCAGAGUGAGCUGGGCUGGUAAACCUCAGCUGACCAAUGUUGUGAAUUGAGUUAAGGAUUUAAGGAUGUCAGGCUACUUUUACAGGUACUCCAUGUAUACCAGAGGCCUUUCACCAAGCAGAACUGUACCAGUGUCCUAUGGAUAAGAAGCAGGUGGAAAGUCCGUCUGGCCCAAAGGACAAGAGUGCCCAAAAAGUCUCAGUGGCAUGACUCAAGCUGCCAUGAGUCAUGCUUAAAGUAGGAAACUUGGCUAAAUGGAUGGCCCUCUUAAAGUUAGAUACACAGCUAAUUAUCAUGAGGUCUGUGGCCUCCCUUUAGUAGCUUUUCUUUCUUCCUAUGGGAACUGGUACAGAAUGUGGAAGUUUUGUGACUACCAAACAACUCAAAAUAGAAGUUCUUUGAGGCCCUGAAGCUCCACUUUCAAGAUCUUGGAUAACAGCGGGCUAGUAGCUAAUUGUUAGGAACCCAAAGAGAGAGGCUAAGGCUAAGCUACCACCAACCCUAGCUCUGUUGUCUCUUGGCCUAUGGCUAGGAUUGAGCAACUUGUAUGAUCCCUGAGUGAUAAGGAAUAUAAUGGAGAUAAAUGUAGUCUUAAGACUUGGGUUAAAAAAAAAAUUGAUUUCACAAGCGAACGAUAAAGGCAUGUACAGACUUUGA